CAUUCGUACAGUGAGCAACACAGCACAGCCCAAUAUAGCAGAGCUCAAGUUACAAAGUCUUUGAAAAUUUUCUUCGUUCAUUUUACACAAAUACAAAAUUCAUUCGAGAUGUGCAUCGAACAGUAUCAGUACGAGAACAACGUCAACAUGACUGCCGAGAAACAGCAAAAGAAAGUCAGCUACAGCAUUAAGCGCUUGCUGAAGCAACUUUUCAAACUACAUAAAUCACAACAACUAAAACAAGACAAUCAGCAGCCACAACAACAAGAACUCAUUGAAAAUUUCGAAAAUACCAAGAAAGCCAACUCUUUGGAAUCACUUGAAUCCUUGGAGAAUUCACGUAACGCCGAUUUGGAGUCUGAAGCUGAGUGCAUUUCUCUUGAAUCCAGCGAGAAUGUUGCCAACGAGCGUUUGGCCGCCUCUUUUGAGUUGGAAGAUUACGAAUUUGCCGAUAUCACCAGCGUGCCAGUACAUUUUCUACGCACUGCUCAUGGCACUUUCUUCUGGACCGCCAACACCGACUUACCAGCUGAUAACGAUCUUAUCGACCCAUUAUACUGCAACACCAACAAUCAGAUCGCCACCACACAGAUGCGAGAUCGUUGGGCACAAGCUUGAGUGGAGAGAGAGAGAGAGAGAGAGAAAGAAAGUGAAAGUGGUGUGAUAAAACACCGAUGUCUUCCAUGCUGAAACGCAAAGCUUUAUUUGUUUGUGAUAUUUUGUUUGAAAAGUAAUAAAUAUUUACAAUUACUUAUAUGUAUGUCAAGAGAAAUAAUUUUAUAAUAUAGAA